AGGUCAGGACAGCAAAUAGCCACUUCCGGUUACUACUUGUGAUGGAAUUUCCGGUUAUGCAACGGCAUUGUGGGUAGUUUCCUCAAGGGAAAUGAGUGAAGACCUUGAGAUUGUCUGAGAGGUGAAAUAUUCACAUUUCUGAGUCGCCGCGACAACUAUUGGGUCAAUGUUGAGAGGACGGUUUGGAGACACAAUCCGCUGCUCAAGACGAAGGAAUACCUGACUGUUGAGCGUGGUAUUGUGCCGGUGGACUAUAUAAUUGAGAUGGACGUUCAAGAGAACGAAGGAAUGUCUUCACGCAAAGAAGAAAAUUGCCCGGUUUCCAGCGGUGAUCAUGAUGAAGCAAGUCAUGACAACAUUUUCGAGCUCAGAACUGAGAGAGAUGGUUUGGCAGAAGAAGUUGAACAACUAAAAAGAAAACUUGAUGAGGCUUACAAAGAAAAUGCCACCCUUCAUGAAAGGUCUGCUCAAGAGUACAAGCACAAUUUACAGCUUGUUCAUCAGCUGUUACAACAGUAUUAUGCAGUUGGAGAAACAAUGGUUUCAACCAAGGAGGAACUAGCAAUUGCACAGGAAUCUUUAAUUGAGGAGCAGAAGAGAAGCCGUCAAUACCAAAAGCAAGUAGAAGACAUUAAGAGUCAGAUAAACAAGUCUGGCAAUAAAUCAGCGAUAAAACUUCUGGAGAAGAUUAUUCAAAAGGAGACAAAAUCACAGGCAAAUGGAUUAAUACAAAAGACCAGAUCUGAAAGUUCAUCAGAUGACUUAAUGCUUUCUUGUGCUCUCUGCCAUGAAAAAAUGAGGGUGGGUGACCUGGCUACUCAUUCUAAGGUUUGCUCAUCAAAAGAUACAGACAAACGACCUACAACUCCAACAACACCAGGAACAGACAUGCUUCGAGUUACAGUGACCUGUUCAGAGACUGAUGAGAAAAAUACCACCUUUAAAGUGGUAACAAAGACAACUCAUGAGGACUAUAAGUUCUCUGACUAUGAGGUUUAUCGCAGUGAAGGUGAUUUUGAAUGGCUUCAGUCAGCACUGGAGGAAGCUUGUCCAGAGAGAAUCGUACCUCCAAUGGUGUCACAUUCAUCGUUACAUGGAAAAAUGAGAGAGGGUCAAAGAUUUCUGUCACGAAUUUGUGCCCAUAAGAUUUUGAGAAAACAUCAUCUUCUGAACCUGUUUUUAACUGGUGAGGGUCAGGAUGUACAGAAAGCAAGAGAGGAACUAGAUAAGAAAAAGAAAAAAGUCAACAAUGUGGCUGAGAAGACUUUGAAACAGGAACCAUGUGACCAGAAUGCUCCUGUGAUCAAAUGUCAGAGAUACUUGGAAAAGUUUGCAGAAAAUCUUGAUGGUUUGAUCACACACCUUGAGGAUAGUCUAAACAAGAACACAGUAGAUGGCCCUGGGGUUUGGUUUAAAUCUUUGGCAGAAUUUGAACCUGCAGAAACAUAUUUAAAGGUUGCUACUGAGGCUCUCAGUAAAAUCUGCAUUGAAUUGGAGAAUAACAGAGAAACUGCAGAAGAAAAACUGAUUGUAAAUGACCUGAGAAGUGUUCACCAUUAUGUCAAGAGUGCUGAGGUCCUUCUUCAAAGAGUGCAGACUGCUGUAGAGAUGUUUUUACAUUGGGAUGAAGAAGUCAGAAAUUAUGAACAGAUGAAGAAUCCUGGUUCAGAUGAGGACAACCCUGAUCAUGCCAGUCAGACACAUAAAUGGGCAGAGGCAAACUCAAACUGUGCAGAUGCUAAAACAAACCUUGAGUUUCUUUGUAAAGACUUGUCUUCUGAGCUUGCUCACUUUGAUUGGCGGAAAGAAGUAGAACUUAGGCAGAUAUUGAUUGAAUACUCAGAACUCAGAACAGAGCAUUUUGAGAAGGUCCAGAGCAAAUGGUUUGGAGUGAAAUUAAUGGUGGAGGCAAACAUAGCACCUGAAGUUAGGGCAAUCAAAUGUGUGGAAGAUUCCUGAUGAAUAAAAUUAAAGGCAGUAAAGUUUCUCAGUUUAUAACCAAAUUCACAAGAUUUAGUUGGAACUCAUUCCUUAAAUAAUUGGCCUCACUACUUGAAAAUUAGUUACUCUAGCAAUGCUUUUAGAUAAUUAAGCAGUAUUAAUAAAUUUUUAUUAGAAUCA